GGAUGCGGACGCCGGUGGUGAUGACGCUGGGCAUGGUGCUCGCGCCCUGCGGGCUGCUGCUCAACCUGACGGCCACGCUGGCGCCGGGCUGGAGGCUGGUGAAGGGCUUCCUCGACCAGCCCGUGGACUUGGAGCUGUACCAGGGCCUGUGGGACAUCUGCCGCGAGCAGGCCAGCCUCGAGCGCCAGUGCGGCCAGACCGACGAGUGGGGCUACUUCCAGGCCCAGCCCGUGGCCGUGGCGCGGGGACUCAUGCCCGCGUCGCUGGCCGUCACGGCCCUGGGGCUGCUGCUGGCGGCGCUCGGCGUGCGCUGCUGGCAGGAGCGGCCGCGCUUCGCGCUGGCCGGCCUCUCGGGCGUGGUGCUCUUCGCCGCCGGCCUCCUCAGCCUCAUCCCGGUGUCCUGGUACAACCACUUCUUGGAUGACCGCGCCGUCCUGCCCGCCGAAGCCAGCCCGGUCACGGUGCACGUCGGCUACAGCCUGGUGCUGGGCUACCUGGGCGGCUGCCUGCUGCUGCUGGGCGGCUCCUCGCUGGCGCUCAGCUUCGCGCCCUGGUGCGAGGAGCGCUGCCGCGGCUGCCGCAAGGCGCCCCCGGGCACCCCGCGCCGCAGCAGCGUCAGCACCGUGCACGUGGACUGGCCCGAGCCCGCGCUCGCGCCCGCCAUCAGGUACUACAGCGACGGCCGCCACCUGCCGCGGCCCGCCGAGCUCGGCGCCGCCGCCAAGCCCAGGGUCGGCUUCCCCAUGCCGCGGCCGCGGCCCAGCGCCUACGCCAACCCGGUCGACGCGCUCCGCGGCGAGGGCGCCGACUCCCCCGACUCCUCCCUGCCCAGCACCCGGCGCUGCGGAGACUCGCUGCCCUGCGACUCUGACCUGUAGGCGGCGGCCCUCCGCCCACCGCCCGCUCUGACCAGGCUCGGACUCGCCCCACCACGUCCAGCCUUGAACCCGGCUGUUACCUUGCAGCCGGAAACACUUGGCUCAGAGUCCGAACCCCGGACACGUUCCUGUAACUGGUUUGGAGGGUGAUCUUCCUCUCUUGUGGCCAAGCUAGACUCCUUGGACGACUGGUUCAGGUUUCGUUUGGUUUUCUUUUUGUCGAGUUUGGUCUUCUUCCCCAGAGGGGUCAGGGUCCUCUUCUAGACUGACGGCGUUUUCACACUUUAAGUUGAAGGAGAUAUAGAAAGGGUGCUUUCGCAUCGUGUUGACACGGGACGAUAACAACAAAUCAAAAUCAGCAAACAGGCCCCAAAGCUAUGUGAACGCCUCGAAGCAGUAUCCGGAAAUGCCAGUGAACCUUACGUGAAUAUAAUUUUUUUCUGCUGUAUAAUUUAUUCUCACGCAAGCUCUCAACAGACCAAUAUACUGGCUGUGUUUGAAUGAAGCUCUUAAAAUAAAUGUAGAGCCAUGCAAA